AAUGGUAAACAUCUUACAAGUAUGAAUUAGAUACUGCGGGAGAAAUUCUUAGCACUAAAUACGCAAUAACCAUUUGCAAAACAAGCUCGUAGUGAAGUAAAGGAGAACUGAUAACUUGUGUGUCGGAUCAAAUCGUAUAGUCCCAGCAUGCACUAGGAUUAAAGUGGUAUUAAAAUUCCUGAUAUACUGGAAUAACUUUUCUUUUAGUGAUGAUUGUAAUUUAGGAAAUAUUAUAUCAUAUAGCAGAAUGACUGCUUCCACACAAAAAGGACAAAAACUUCAGAAAACAAAUUUCUUUGGAAAAGAAAAUAGCAGUGGAUAACAAACAAAACAAACAAUGGAGACAUCAUGGAUGAAUAUUUUCACAUUGAUGAAUAUUGUGGUUGUGUUUGGAACAACUCAGAGCAUUGAUUACAUGGAAACUACUGAUGACACUGUGAAAAACAAAAUCUGGGACGGAGGAAAUUGUCCGAGGGAGUGUUCAUGCUAUAAAGGACAACUUUCUGUGUCUAUAUUAAAUGAAAUAAAGUACAUGAACACAGUAAAUUGUGCUGGACGAGGGCUGGAGGACAUACCUUUAGUGCUUCCUGAUGAUACUGAAGUGUUACUCCUCUCCAAUAACAAUUUCACAAAAGUUACAAAAUUACCGUAUUCUUCUGACUUAGUUUAUCUGGAUUUAUCAAAUGCUUCCAUAGAAAUUUUGACAUGCAAUAAUUUAUUCUUCGGUUUCAAAAAGCUGAAAUAUCUGAACCUCAGUAACAAUAAAUUGAACCACUUACAACAGUAUUGUUUCACAGGGCUUUCCAAUUUGUAUUAUUUGGAUAUCAGUAAAAAUAAGUUAACUAAUAUUUCAAGCAGUGCUUUUACUGGUUUGAAUAAUUUAAAGUCAUUUAAUAUAGCAGAUAAUUUGCUCAACAGAGUAUCUCCUGACUGGUUUGCUGAUGUGUCUGAUGAUCUACGGGAGCUCGAUUUCUCAAACAACCUUCUCACGUUCAUUGAAACUAAUGACUUUAGUGCUUUGAGUAAACUUAAUUUACUGAACCUGUCUUCAAAUAAAAUUCGAACUAUAGAUAACAAUGCGUUCAGCAAUCUAACAAAUAUGUUAAUACUAGAUCUCAGUUAUAAUCAAAUGCAACUGAUGCCAAAAGAGUUGCUGCAUCUUAUGAAAAUUCUGAAAAAGUUCAUAUUUGACGGAAAUCCUAUGCGCAAAAUACAUACAGGAGAUUUUCAAGGCAUGAAUGUAGCUUACUUGUCAAUAAGCUACAUGCCUGAACUUCAUUUUAUUGAAAAACAUGCUUUUCAAAACCUGCCACUUUUUACCACUUUAGAAGCUCAUGAUAAUCCAAAGCUCAUUUACGUUGACUCACAAGCGUUUGACAAUGUCCCAAGUUUGAGUACCUUAUAUCUGCAUAAUAAUCAAAUAGCAGCGUUAUCACCAAGCUUGAUUCAAUAUAUACCAAGUUUGGAGGAAAUUCAUCUCUAUAGAAACCCGAUUCGAUGUGACUGCAAUGCAUUCUGGAUAAAAGAAUUAAUUACAGAAGCAACUGCAACAAAUUAUAGCAAACCAUUCUUCAAUCAUUCACAAUACAUUAAAUGUAAUUUUCCUCUUAAUCUAACAGGAACAUCUAUAGCAAAUGUAACUGAGGACAAAUUCAGUCGUGUCUGUGCACCGACAACACUUCCCGCAUUUAAAGAGAAUUAUACAAUGGACCUUGGUGAAGAAUUGCGCAUUGAAUGUCAUGCUUAUGGAGUCCCUGAGCCAAAACUUACCUGGCUACUACCAAAUCAAACAGUCGUCAGCGGUGAUUUUCAAAGUAAAAAAUUUGAGCUUGUAGAUAGUUGUGUUUUAAUAAUUCGUUACUUGACAUUAAGUGACAGCGGAACAUAUGCUUGUAAAGCAGACAAUGGUAUAGCCGUGGAUUUAAGUUCCACGCGGAUUACAGUGACUAAUAAGCCAGUUCGGCUUGUUAUUUUUAGAGUUUCUUUUGAUUAUGUAUCAUUAUCUUGGAAUGGUACAAGACACUAUUCAAUGAUCUCAGACUAUCAAUUACAAUAUCGAGAAUUAAAGAAAGAUAAUAAACAAAACAUUACAAAUCAAAAUCAUAAAUACAAAGUUAUUCCUUUGGCUGCCAGGUACCGUAGUUACACGGUAACAAACCUAAAACCAAAAACAUUGUAUGAAUUUUGUAUAGUUUAUGUAUAUGAUACUGAAUUGUAUAAAGUUGACUGUCGGAUUUUGACCACUAAAGAUCAUGUGGAAUAUCACAGUGCUAUCAAAAAGGUCAUAAGUGAAAAAAUAAUCGCAGGGGUGUGCACAGCUUUAGGAAUAGUAAUGGCAAUUGCUUGCAUGGUGACGCUCGUUAAAAAGUUCCGACUACACAAGGAUUACGAGUCCCCAUACAACAUAGAGGAAACCGAAAGUAUCAACAUUCCCCUCGAAAAUGUUUAUAGACCCACAAGCACUCAGAUGUGUUCAUCUAAAACAUCACUACUUAGUGUUCAAACUCAUAAAUCGGCUUUGGAUGAAUAUUAGGAACCCUCGUGGAAUUAUAUUUAUGUUUACCUACUGUCAAUAUUUCGUUUGUUAAUUCAUCAAUAUUGAUGAAGUUCAUCUUGUUUUGUUCAUGUAUCAGUUCCCUAUAGUGACAUAACACACAUGGUACAAUGUAUGACAGAGAACUUAUACUUUGAAUUAUUCCGUAUUAAUGUAAUAAGUUCUGGUAAACUUUUCAUCUGUCUAUAAUCACCUGGGAAUUGCUAAAAAAUUGAAAUUAUUAAAAGUAUUAUUAAA